AUGAGGAGCCUGUGUUUCUUGGCCGUUGUACUCGCAGCCCUAGGCGGGUGCCUCGGCUCCAGCCAGGAUGCGCAGUGCCCCGGGGCUGUUGCAGUGAAGCAGCGCAUCGACUGCCACCCCCAGCCGGGCGCGUCCCAGGAGGCCUGCGAGGCGCGGGGCUGCACCUGGUGCAGCACCGAUGUGCCCAACGCUCCCUGGUGCUUCUUCCCUGAGGACAGUCCCUACGGCUACUCCCGGUCUGGGAACACUGAGCAGACAGACAAAGGCUGGAGGGUGGUCUCAGGCAGUGAUCGGUGUUUCCACGGCAGGGUCACGCUGAACAAACGCCAGUCCUUGUCGCUCUUUGGAAAUGACAUUUCCCCGAUCGUGUUGGAAGUGGAGUUCCAGACAAAGGACAGACUCCGGUUCAGGAUCUACGACCCCAACAAGCAGAGGUUUGAAGUCCCACUCAAGAUCGAUGGUCCUGGGGUUACCCCCGAGGAAGCCAACUAUGAGGUGGAAUUCUCAGAGGACUCCACGCACUUCACAGUCAAGAGGAAAAGCACUGGCACCGUGCUGUGGGACAGUCCCCUGGUCGACCUGUUUUUCUCCAACCAGUUCCUUCAGAUCACCACUACUGUGCCCUCUACUUCUGUGUAUGGGUUUGGUGAGCAUGAGCACCCGACCUUCAAACACAACAUGGACUUCAAAACCUAUGGCAUGUACACGAGGGAUCAGGCACCAACGUCAUUUGCCAACCUCUAUGGAGUUCACCCUUUCUACAUGUGUGUAGAACCUGACUCCAAUGCCCAUGGUGUUCUCCUUCUGAACUCCAAUGCACAAGAUGUUACUCUGUCUCCAAACCCAUCUUUGACUUUCCGCACUAUUGGAGGGAUCUUCGACUUCUAUCUCUUCCUGGGACCGACCCCUGAAAAUGUCAUUCAGGAAUACACUGAGGCCAUUGGACGCCCUCACAUGCCAGCCUACUGGUCUCUGGGAUUUCAGCUCUCCCGCUGGGGCUAUGGCAGCCUUGAUGUUUUAAAGCAAACUGUCGAUCGUAUGCACCGCUAUGAUAUCCCAUAUGACGUCCAGCAUCUUGAUAUUGACUACAUGGAACGUCGCCUGGACUUUACCUAUGAUAAAGUGAAUUUUGCCGGUCUGCCAGAGUACAUCCAGGAGCUGAAGAAGAAAGGAAUGCACAAUAUUGUGAUUCUGGACCCUUUCAUAACCAAGGAUGAGGAACCAGGCACUUACAAACCUUAUGAUCUUGGCCAGGAAAUGGGAGUCUGGGUGAACAACUCUGAUGGUGUAACUCCUGCUGUUGGAGAGGCCUGGCCUCCCGGCGACUCCGUGUUUCCUGACUACACCAAUCCCAGGACAGUGGAGUGGUGGACCCAGCUGUGUCUGGAGUUUAAGGAUGUCCUUGACUAUGAUGGGAUCUGGAUUGAUAUGAAUGAACCGUCCAAUUUCUUAAGAGGCCAGUAUCCUGGAUGUGCUGAUAAUGAAAUCAAUAAUCCUCCUUACGUUCCUAGCAUUUCGGAUCGUUCUCUGGCGCAAAAGACAUUGUGUCCUGACUCCAGGACUUACCUCGGAGAGCAUUAUAACACACACUCUCUCUUUGGCUGGUCACAGACAGAACCAACUUUCAACGCUGUCCAGCAGGCAACUGGAAAGCGAGCAUUUGUCCUGAGUCGGUCUACAUUCGUUGGCAGUGGGAAGCACGGCGGUCACUGGCUGGGUGACAAUUUCUCUCAGUGGAAGGACCUGCGCCGGUCAAUCAUUGGAAUCCUGGAAUUCAACCUCUUUGGCAUUCCCUAUAUUGGUGCUGAUAUCUGUGGGUUUAACUACAACACUACCUACGAACUCUGCCUGCGCUGGAUGCAGCUUGGCUCUUUCUACCCAUUUUCCAGAAAUCACAAUGCAGAGGGAAACAGUGAGCAAGACCCAGCGGUGUUCGGAGAUGAGUUUGCCAGGAUAUCUCGUGCUACCCUUCGGAUCAGAUACUCCCUGCUGCCGUACUUGUACACCUUGUUCUACGAGUCUCACGUGCACGGAAACACAGUGGUGCGGUCACUGAUGCACGAGUUUACCUCUGAUCAGCAGACUCAUGGAAUAGAUACUGCCUUCCUUUGGGGACCUGCCUUUAUGAUUGCUCCUGUUCUUGACGAGGCAACAAGAUCGGUGGAUGUAUACUUCCCUGAUGCAGAAUGGUUUGACUACUAUACCGGUGUUAAAGUGCCAAGUGCCUGGAAGAAGAACUAUGCUACUGUGUCUGCCCCACUGAGCAAGAUCCCUCUGUUCAUCCGUGGAGGGUACAUUCUGCCACAACAGGCACCAGCCACAACCACCACAAGGAGCCGUCUGAACCCAUUUGGUCUCAUAAUUGCCCUGGAUGAACAAGGAGAAGCUUCUGGGUCUCUUUUCUGGGAUGAUGGUGAUUCCAUUGAUACCAUUGAAAAUGAGAACUACUUCUUGGCUAAAUAUACAUUCAGCAAAGGAAACCUGAAGACAGAAAUACUGAAAAAUGGCUACCGAGGAGCUGACACACUGAAGUACAACAAAAUUACAAUUCUUGGCCUGAAACUGAGACCUCAAGCUGUUACUCUGAAUGGAAGAUCUAUCCAUGGAGAUGCUUUCUCUUUUGAGAUGAGUGGGAAACUGACUCUGCGGAUUUCUGCUCCACUUACUCAGGAACUGAACAUUAAGUUUUACUAGAAUGGUCACAACACACAGACUCAACUUGUGUCGAGCAUUCUUGCCCCUCAGAUAUUGGUCUCAC